AUGGCUCGGCGACGCCUUGAGGAAGAGCUAAGGCUUCUCCAACGCGUUCUUGAGAGAAAGAGUGCCUCGGGUCAGAAUGUUGAUGUCAAUGAUCUUGCAUUGAUUUAUGCCUAUGCUGUCAAAGAAUCUUUAGCCAAUGUCUAUGGUCAUAAGCUUGGCUCCUUUGCAACAAGCUUUGAGAGAUCAUUCAACACUACCCUAAGGACCCUUGUAGAGAUCAAUGAUUCUGCAUGUCCGGACAAUCUCUCGAAAUCCGAGGAUGUUUCAAAAGGAGACGAGGAACUCAAAACCGAUUUAGAAGAUAUAACAAAAGCCUGUAUGUUCACUUUAAUCAAGGAUUUGUUCACCGCAGGUGUUUUCAACGUUCUGGCUUGGACGUGGUACGGCGCUCUACGUCUUCUCAGAAAAGAGAAUCAUGGAAGGUUUUGGUGGCUUGAUGACCAUCCUCGUCAUGUACCUGAUAUGCCUACGUUCAUCGCCUAUAAAGAAGAAAAUGCGGUUACCUUUUACGGUUCUUUGCCUCGGUAUUGUUUGCGGUUUAUUGGGUAA